UCUUUCCAUUCCUCUGGACGAUGGUUUGGCUUCCACGUGACCUCCAUAUGGUUGAAGUUGAAUUCCGAAAGUUCUGCAACUAAGAAGUCGAGAACAUUUUUCUCGUCAAUCAUACCAAGAAAUCCCGCCGACCCGCCCAAUCUUUUGGUCCUCUGCGAGAGAGAGAGAGAGGAAGUGAGGGAGAAUGAAUGGGAUUUCGGCUUAUCCCUCUAUAUCUCCUCCUCAAUUGAAACUCAAAACCAGCUGUUUCUGUUUUCCACCUACUUUUUCUGUUCAUUAUCAACGUCGCCGUUAUCUCUCAGACAACAAACUAACAAGCAUUAGACUCACUGGAGGGUCUUCAAAGCUCCAGGUACAGUGCAGCAACAGCAGCGGCAGACCUGGGGGUUCUGGUUCGGAUGAAAAUGAGAGCAGGAGCAUUUUAGAUGCCUUUUUCCUGGGCAAGGCUCUGGCAGAAGUACUUAAUGAGCGUAUAGAAUCUACAGUUGGUGAAUUGUUGAGUGCAGUUGGCAGGUUACAAGCUGAGCAGCAAAAGCAAGUACAAGAAUUCCAGGAGGAUGUGAUCGAAAGAGCCAAACGAGCAAAGGAGAAGGCAGCACGCGAAGCAAUGGAAACACAAGGGCUUAUUGUCAAAGCUGCCGCAGAAACACCUGCAGUCAGUGAUGUGACUCCUGAAGUUUCAUCAUCUUCAUCUGAGUCGACAAUCACCAGCACUAAUGGAGAUCCUACUAACAAGGACCCCAUACUUGGAUUUGCCUGAUAGAAGCCGAUCUCAUGUUUCAGACUUUGGACACAAGAUUUUCAGAGAACGAACUACUGAUUGGUUUUCAAGAGGCUGUCCAAACUUACAUGUCUCUAACCCAAGGGCUACUCCUCCCAGUUGAAUUAUUAAUGCUUAAAUCAUUUCUUACUAUGUCUUGUUUGGACAAUUAAGUACAUAUUAGAAAUUUUUACACUGAUUCACACUUAA